CGGUCCGUCAGUCAGACAGUCCGUCUAGCAGCAGCAUGGCGAUAACAACACUGUGCGCCGUCAUUGCCACUCUGAGAGUUGUUCCCAACAGAUCCCAGUUCUUCCAGUACGAGUCCGUCACGCUGAGCUGUGGGCCUCUGGGAAACUCCUCUGGCUGGAGAGUUAAGAGGAACACAUCCACAAACAUAAACGAAUCCUGUGAUAGUAAGAAUGAAACUGACUGCUCCAUUAGUGAACUUUACCCGUUUGACACCGACGUGUACUGGUGUGAGUCUGCCGCGGGAGAAUGCAGCAACACCGUCAACAUCACCGUGAUCGGCGCUGGUGGUGUGAUCCUGGAGAGUCCAGUCCUUCCUGUGAUGGAGGGAGACUCUGUGACUCUGCGCUGCAGAACCAAGACGACUUCCUCCUUCAACCUCACAGCUGAUUUCUAUAAAGAUGGCCGCCUCAUCAGGAGCAGCUCUACAGGAAACCUGACCAUCCAUAGUGUUUCAAAUUCAGACGCAGGACUCUACAAGUGCAACGUCUCUGGAGCUGGAGAAUCACCAGACGGCUGGCUUACUGUCAGAGGGCAUCCUGAGUUGCCAGACUCCCCUUUCACACACAUUCUACUUCCUGUGGUGGGCUUUGUGCUGGUCGCGCUUGUCGCGCUUGUUUCGGUGAUGCUGCUCUGCCUCUGGAGAAGCCACAAAGGUAAAGUGAAGCGUGAUGUCUCGUACAACAACGUUAUCAUCACACAGGAAGUGCAGCCCAACAGGAUCAGAGAUGUGGACGAUGCAGAGUCCUUCUACUCUACUCUACAACCGGUAAACCACCUGACAGGAAACAUCAACAAUCUAACUCCCAGCGCGCCAAAAAACAACGCUUGGCCAUGAGCUUUUGGAAAUGUAUAUUUUAUGAUUUUAUGUCCAGUGUGCUUUUACAGAGUUCUGAGCAGCCUGGCUGAAACUUUUUCACAAAGCUGAGCCACUUCAUUGACAAGGGAAUGAAGUCUUAACGGUCGACCAAAACAGUGACGUCUCAGUUUCAUCAUCUGGAUAUAAUGAAA